AUGGAGACCUUUGAGAGUUGCAUCGGCGCUGGACAAAUCGAGGGCUGGUUCUGCCAUUCCUCCUCCGAAAAUGAGAAGAGAGGCUUCGGGCACGUAACUUCUUAUAGUUUUGAAGGCCAGCUGUUCUUCCACCUCCAGAGGAGUCCAUGGCUCCGGGGUGUCAAGUACUCCCGGAGAGAUCCCGUGCUUUUCGAGGUGGUGGAGUUCAAUGGUCGCUGCGAAGCAGUGAAGUUGGGUUUACCUCAGACUGAAGAUGCAGAUGCCAAGCCAGAGGCCUCUGAGUUGCUGGGUCAGACGCUGGAGGGGCGAAUGACGUCCCACUGGCAUGUGGUCAAAUCACAGAGUUGGGGCUUGGUUGAGUCAGAUUACUUCAAGGGCUCUGUCUUUUGGCACAUGUCCGACAAUCCAGGAAUGAAUGACAUCCAGUUCGAGCGAGGGGACGUGGUGGAAUUCGAGCUGUACAUCCACUCUGCCAGAGGACAGCAGGUGAGAGCCAGGAAUUUGCUGUUCAUUCGGGCUGCAGACAAAGAGCCUGAGCGGCCUCCCAGCCCAAAGAGAGAAAAGAAGCGGCGAUGGCUGGCAAACUGGCGCAAGGGCCCGCCCCCGGACUGGAACUGCAAAAGCUGUGGUUUUCACAACUUCGGACGAAACAGGAAUUGUCUUGGCUGCGGGUACCCGCGACCUCCCAGGGAAGAGUGGCCAGCCGAGGAGGAUGAGGCAGACGAGGCAGCUGGCACAGCUGACAUGAGUCCUGUCCAAGCUCAAGCUUUUGCCCCGGCCGAGCUCCAGAGCGAGCAAGUAUGGCCGAGCAUGCAGCAGCCAUGGACGUGGCCAGAGCCGGCAAUAGAGCAUAUAGAGCAGUUUGAGCAUUUUGAGCAUUCGAGCCAACCGCCACAACUUGAAGCACCAGCGCCCAACGUGGAUCCAGAGUCGCCUGCAGCGCAGGCCCUGAGCGCCUUCCAGAACAUUAUUGGGUCUGGGAGGCCAGCGGAGGACUUAAUUGCGGAGGUUAAGCAGUGCCUGGAUGAAGCGGUCAAGGCUUUCGGCGACGACCGUGCCGCAAGGCAGGCGAAGCAGGCUUUUGCUGUGCAGCUGGCGAGGCAUCCCUGGUUUGCACAGACCGGUUACGAGGUCCGCUUCCGGCCCGCCGCUGGCACUGUGGAGCUGGGGCUAUCCGCAGCUGCACGAGCUCUGAAGCGCAAGGCGCAGUUCUGA